AUGGAAUUGUCUGAGUAUAUGAAACAGAAAAAAGGGAUGGUGUGGGCAAAAGAGGAUGACAAUUUUGAACAACUAUUGUAUACAUAUAAGGAAAAUGCAUGGGAGAGAAUACUGAAGGUUAAUGAAGAAUUGGCAAAAAGAGAUGUUAUAUUUAGAAUUGGAAAAUUGUGGAGGGAGUACAGGUGCAAGCUUUGGAAUGAGUUUUAUGACCCACUUCUGAGCAAAAAUGAUCUCAUUAAGAACAUUCCAGAUUGCGUUAGCAUGGAUCAAUGGGCUUUAUUUGUUGAGUAUCACUUAAAGCCUUCCACAAUGAAAAUUGAGACUAGUAGGAACAUUGGGCGAGCUGAAAUGUGGAAGAUCACUCAUAAGAGGAAAAAUGACACCUAUGUGAAUGAGGAGGCUAUGGAGAUUGGGGAAAAAAUAUAUGAGCUAAUGUUGAAUAACCCAGAUAUUGCAUCAGAUAUAUCUCCAAAUGAUCCAGUUGGUCUCAUAUUUGGUAAGGAGCAUCCAGGUCAGGUCAGAGGAUUGUCACAUGGAGCUUGUCCCACUCUUGCAUUUAAGCAAUCCACUACAAGGUUAAAUGGUAUGAAUUUUGCUUCAUGUAGUGCAACAUCAAAAAAUACGGAUGAGAAGUUUCUAAUGAUGGAAAAUGAGCUCACAACUCUCAAAAACCAAAUGCAAACAUUGGUUGCCUACAUUGCUUCUAGAGAUGACGUUCCUGACCAUUUUGCUGCUAUGGUUGCUGGUUUGGUACAUACUUUGGUUAAUGAGGUACCCGAUGUUGGAAGUGGUGCUCCAUCACCUAUUGGUAUAAGAAGAUCAAGCGAUACAGAAAAGACAAGUUAG